CUUUGGUUUUGUUUUCAAUGGCGGGAGGGCAACCCUAGGGGCAACAAUAGAAAAAGAGAUGCUGUGUCAAAUAGGCAGAAAGCAACAGGAUGAUUGUUGGAUUUGUACAAUUAUUUAAGCAUCAUUUCUGUGUGUUCAUAUUCCCAUUUAGUCAAGGGAUUAUUGAUCUAUCCCCCAAAAUUGUAUUUUAACAUUUGUAUACUGAGUCAGUUUCAUUAUUAACUCAACAGGCCGCGUAGCUCAUUAUCAUAUACGAGAAAAUGAAAGCAUUGACUCCCAUGAAAUAUAAAUACCGCUCUUUCUGAAAUGACAGACAGCGGUACAUGGUCCCCAGCAAAAGACAAAAGCGGGAGGGGCGCCUCCAUCUUGCGCGAUUUUUGAUCUGCAACAUGCACGCAGAGAGGCCUGUCUAUAACCCGGAACCAAAUUGCAGCGCUUGCGGUGUUCCCCGAAUUGCCGUCCCCCAGCUGAAGUGUUUUGGAGACAUGCAUCCAACCGGGAGAGCGGAUUACCUCUAUUUUUACGUGGAAUCGCAUUAGUGGAAGCGUUCCGGGGGGACUCGGAAGUUGUUAUAUGGGGGAUCUUACAGGCCUGUCAUUAGUUUAUGAAUGGCAGUGACCUUUAUGCACCUUAUGGGAUAAUACAGAUCUAUUAUGGUUUUUUUGCCUCGGGAGUAAGGAGACGUUGUUACUGUUUUAUUCAACGCUCGGGACACUUUCAUUAUCCGAAUGCCCAUGUUAUAUCAUUGCUGCACUUUCAUGAUCCCCCUGAAUAUUUAAUAUCUGUAUAUAUAAGCAGAAAGUAGCCUUUUUUUUUUAUUAUUGUGCCUAAAAUCUCCCUUUUCGACUGCAGCCAGAUGAAGUGUUUUCACUAGAUUAAACACAAGGUCUCGUUUUUUUAUUUCUGGAACCCACCUACAUGGAAGAAGGAUUGAGGGAGGCUGCUGCUUUGGGGGAUUUGGAAGAGGUGCAGAAGCUGCUGAGAUGUGGGGCCAAUGUUAAUUCGCAGAAUGAAAUCAAUGGCUGGACUUGCCUGCAUUGGGCAUGCAAGCGGAACCAUCUACAUAUUGUAUCGUUCCUAUUAGAAGCUGGAGCCGAUACAGAUAUUCUUACCAGCAAAGGAGAGAGGCCAGUGCAACUGACAUCCAAGAAGGAUAUCAAGAGGCUUUUGGGAGUGGAAGAGCCAGAAACAGAAGAAAGAAAACUGGACUCUGAGUUACCCUUUGUCCCAAAUUAUUUAGCAAAUCCCCCUUUUCCAUACAGCUUCUCAAGGGAAAAUACAGAUAAAGAGGAACCUACUGGAGACCCUCACUCUGAAAAUGGGCCCUCGUGUAAUCCACCUCAUCUCGCCAUGACUUAUCCUUCCUUAUCCAAUGGAAUGGAAAAUGUCUGUAUAUCUACCUCUUCAACGAAUGAAGAUCCCCUCCCAGCAUUAUUCUUUAACAGAGAUGUGCAUGUUGCCCCAGAUUGUGCGCUCUCCUCAGUACAGAGUGGCCCUGUCUGCUCACCUGUUGUACCUCCAAACCUCAGUCUUUUCUCCCCCGUCUCUAACAGCCACCAUCAUGGAAGUGUUAAUGCUGGACCUAUGCAAGUAUUUCAGCCGUUCUUUUUCACCGGUGCGUUUCCAUCCAACAUGAAAGAACUGGUCCUUAAAGUGAGAAUUCAGAGUGCUGCACCAGGAGACACUGAUUUCAUUGAAGUUGAAAUGGACCGUCAAGAGCUUACUUACAGAGAGCUACUGAGAGUGUGUUGUAUUGAGCUGAAAGUCAGUCCAGAGAAUGUGGAGAAAAUUAGGAAAUUACCCAACACUAUGCUUAGGAAGGAUAAAGACGUUGCCCGAUUACAAGACUUCCAGGAGCUGGAGCUGGUCCUGAGGAACAGCAGCGACCGAUUUCGGACAUCAACGUCCCUGACAGAUAGGCCUUGCUUCAACAAGAAUGCUUCGCAGCUAACCUACUAACCAAGCGCCAGUGCUGUGGCUCAGCUGCGUGUAUUCUAACCCAGAUCAAGUAUAUAACAAAUAAAUGAACUAUCACAUUGCUGUGACACUAACAGACGCUCUCUAGAUACUUCUAAGAAGCACAGAACAAAGAAGAAACUUUUUUCUUUUUGUUUUACUAAACCACAUCUGUAUUUC